CUUGACCGAACUAGUAAAAUGGCUGUUCCAACCAAGGCACUUCUGCUGCGUAAAACUUUGUCUUUAUCACCUGCACUUGCAAAAUGUCAUUGUCCGGUAAUACAACUAUCAAGGUGCCUGUCCACAACAUUUCCUGCAUUUCAAGCAGAUGGUGAAGAUGGGAAGAAACAAGGCCUUUUUAGCAGCUUGUUUGUUCGUAAAAUAGAAGCUACUCAUGUGACUCAAUCUAAACUGUUGUCAGAGCCAGGAGAUGUAUAUCAAAUACAAUUCCAUUCAGUGAAGCCAGAAUGCAUGGAAGCAUACCUAAAGCAGUUUGGUACAUUUGUGGAUCUUAUGAAGUCAAAAGAUACUGGAGCAAGCUUAGUUGGCAGCUGGACAGUAGAGAUUGGGGAUCAAGAUGAAGCAAUUCAUGUAUGGAAAUAUGAAGGUGGAUACCCUGUGUUGAAUGAUGCAACAUAUAUAUACAGGACAGAUAAAGACUUCAUUGACUUCCGGUUGCAAAGAAACAAGAUGUUGAGAGCACGCAGAAAUCAGAUAGUUCUCCGAUUUAGUUUCUGGCCAGAGCCAGUACAGAAGGACCCUGGAAAUAUUUAUGAAAUGAGAACUUAUACACUGAAGCCUGGCACCAUGAUUGAAUGGGGUAAUAUUUGGCAGCGUGGAAUUAAGCACCGUAUGUCUGGAAAUGAAGCAAUAGCUGGAUAUUUCUCACACAUUGGAGAUUUGCAUCAAGUCCAUCAUUUUUGGUCCUAUAAAUCUCUCCAAGAGCGCAAGGAAAUCAGGGAGAGUGCAUGGGUGAAUCCUGGUUGGGAUGAAACUGUUGCCUAUACAGUGCCUCUUAUAAGGACAUUGCAGUCUAGGAUACUGGUACCAACCCCAUUUUCUCCAUUGAAAUGAAGAAGCAGUACAACUGCUGGAUGCAGACAUGGGCCCAUUUGAAUGACUCUGGUGGCAGGCUACUGCUAUGAUCCUAACAGCUAAAUCCUGCAAUCUAAAAUUUUAAUACCUUUGAGAAUUGUGAAAGACAGUGGUAAUGGUUGACAUUGAAAAUAAAUAAUUGAGGAUGGUUUUGGAGUAUUUUUAUUACCAUUUCAUACCGUAGCAUACCUACUGUAAGUUGCUUUAUGAAAAUAAAAUAUCUGAAAUAUCCCCGAUUUCAUUUAUAAAAAUAAUGUAUCUCCCAGUUAAUAGAAAUCCAUAAUGACACAAAUCCUUUUAUGUGUGGUAGUGUCAGUUAUAUAUAUAAUUAAUUUUAAUGAUGAAUACCUGUAUUAUGUACAGUUAAACUGUAAACUUGCACUUUUUCAGUGGAAAUAAAUACUGCCAUGUUGACACAUUUCAUGUCAGGUUAUCUAGUUAUGUUUUUUUUUUUUUU